GGUCCUAUGGCAGUGUAUUCAAAGCUAUCCAUAAAGAAACUGGCCAAGUUGUUGCAAUUAAGCAAGUUCCUGUUGAGUCUGAUUUGCAGGAAAUUAUUAAAGAAAUAUCCAUAAUGCAGCAGUGUGAUAGCACUGACAGAAUCUUGCUGCAGUCACCAUUGUCAGAGUUUAUGGAAAGAGAUGGAAAAUCUUCCUUUCUUCCAAGGGACAUUUUCUUGUCAUGUCUUACCAGGCUUCUUGAAGACAGUGGGAGCAAUGAGACACUACCAGUGCUUACAACAAAAAAGGCUUACAAAGGGAACAAGUCCUUUCUUUCCCAUUCUCUGUAGAUGAGAUGAGUAGUAGUUUCUUAUUUUCCAAUAAUCCUUGACGUUUGUGUGUGCAUAUGUGGGGCUAAUAAGUUAACAUAAAUUAUGGCUUGGCUACUACCUGAAACAAACAAACAAAAAAAGAACCUCCUGAAGGUUUUAUUCUUACACUUGUUAAACGUUUCAAAUUUUGAGGAAAAGUAGAGUAAAAUACUUUGAAUAAACACAUGUGUGAAAAAGAGUAAACUUGCCAGAUUCCAUGUUUUUUAAACCAAUGUCUUGUCUUAAAACAGAGGGAUGAAUCAUGUGGCCUUCCAGAUUUUAAAUAGCAAGUGCUAGCAUUCCUGACCAUUGGCUGUACUAGCAAGGGCCACUGCAAGUUGCAGUCCAACAAUAUCUGCAGUAGUGUUAACAUGAUUCCUAGCCCUGCUUUAUAGUAAGAGGUUGAUUCUCAUAGCAUAUUAUGAGUUAUAUCCUCAAAAAUUGUUUUUUAAAAAUGUUUAUUCUAGAUAUUGAAUGGACUCUCAUGGCAGUAUACAUAACAUUAAAACACUGUUGAAGAUUAAGUAAAAAAAAAUUAAAAAUCUUUUCUUAAAAAGAGGAAAAUUUUAUCAAUCCAAUCCACUGAAUUUUUCAAACUUUUUUCAAAAAUUAGUUAUCCCUGUGAACUGAUGUGAGCAAUUUUUUGUGUUUUUUGUUUUGUUUACUAAAUAGCUAAUAUAGAAAAGACUUGAUCUCUUGUGUCUGCUUGACUGGCUUCAGAUGGAAACAUUCACAGAUCAGGGUCUCAACAGUCCUCAUGUAGUCAAAUACUAUGGCAGCUAUUUUAAGAACACUGACCUCUGGAUAGUCAUGGAAUAUUGUGGUGCUGGAUCUGUCUCUGAUAUCAUUAGACUGCGAAAUAAAACAUUGAUGGAAGAUGAAAUUGCUACAAUAAUACAAUCAACACUCAAAGGACUAGAAUAUCUACAUUUCAUGAGGAAAAUACACCGUGACAUCAAAGCUGGCAACAUAUUACUCAAUACAGAAGGGCAUGCUAAACUUGCAGAUUUUGGAGUAGCAGGCCAACUUACAGAUACCAUGGCAAAAAGAAACACUGUGAUAGGGACACCGUUUUGGAUGGCACCUGAAGUGAUCCAAGAAAUUGGAUACAAUUGUCUAGCAGAUAUAUGGUCCCUUGGCAUUACAGCUAUUGAAAUGGCUGAAGGAAAGCCACCAUAUGCUGAUAUUCACCCAAUGAGGGCAAUUUUUAUGAUUCCAACAAAUCCACCUCCAACAUUCCGAAAGCCAGAACUCUGGUCAGAUGAAUUCACAGAUUUUGUAAAACAGUGUCUUGUGAAGUGUCCAGAACAAAGAGCUACUGCAACACAAUUGCUUCAGCAUCCAUUUGUGAAAAGUGCAAAAGGAGUUUUCAUCCUGAGAGAUUUGAUUAAUGAGGCAAUGGAUAUUAAAUUGAAAAUUCAGGAAGCUCAGCAGCGUGAAUUGUAUCAUGAUGAUGAAGAAAAUUCAGAAGAAGAUGAAACUGAUUCUAGAACCAUGGUGCGAGCAAGGGGACGGGAGACUGGUACAAUUAGAGCUGCUUGUGGAAUGAGUGAUGGGAUCAAUACCAUGAUAGAAUAUAAUGACACCUUAGAGUCACAGCUGGGAACAAUGGUGAUAAAUACGGAAGAUGAGGAAGAUGAGGGAACAAUGAAGAGAAGAGAUGAAACAAUGGAAUCUGUUAGACCAUCUUUCCUUGAAUACUUUGAACAAAAAGAAAAAGAGAAUAGAAGAAACAACUGUGGAAGGCAGAUGCCUGAAAGAUAUUCCUCAGAUUGGAGAGUACCUCAGGAUGGUGACUAUGAAUUUUUGAGAAAUUGGACUGUUGAAGAACUUCAAAGAAGACUUGGGGCACUUGACCCAAUGAUGGAACAGGAGAUAGAAGAGGUUCGUCAAAGAUAUCAGUCAAAACGGCAGCCAAUUCUCGAUGCCAUUGAAGCAAAGAAAAGACGCCAACAGAAUUUCUGAGGAAAACUUGGUAGCAGAAUAAUUUCCGUCAUCCCUAACAAUAAACUGUGCUCUACAACUACUGUGUAGGUCAAUAUCUGUUUUGAAUGUGUUAGCAAAGCAGGCUGAUGCCUGCUCUCUUCAUUUACUGUAGCACCUUUCCAAACUCAGGAAUGCCAUUGUAUGGAGUCCACAUGAACAGAUAACAUUUUUUUUGUUGUUGUGAAAAAUAUUUUAAAUAGAUUGCAUGUGGCUUCAGAAGACUACUGUUACUGUUUGGUACCUGUUCUUGUUUUUAUGACUCUGAGGAACCAUUAGAAAUGAGCUAAAGAAUAUUGUGAUUCAACAUUUCACUGGUUUCUUUUUGACCAUAUGAGUUUAUUCUGUGCUUUGAUAAUUGAACUGUUUCAUUGCUUCAUGAAGAAAACAAAGGUAAAAUGUUAUCUCUUGUUGGUUUAACUUUGGUUUGUGUGCAAGGAUUGUCUUUGUUUUUUAUAUGCCUUCAAGUUGAUUCUGACUUAAGGUUACUUUAACAUAGGAUUUACUUGGCAAGAUUUAUUUUGGAGAAGAUUUGCCAUUGCUUAUAUCAACCUGCCUCCUCUCAUUUUUACCCUAUUGAUGUUUAAAAGUACUCUGGAAAUUGUUUUUCAAAGUGGUUCACUGGCAAGAAUAUGCAACCUGCUCUUAAUUCGAUCAGGAAUAUAAACUUCUCAUUUUAUCACUUUCAGAAGCCUCUAAAAGCCUCAUGCCUUACAUUGCCCUUUUAAAAGCAUUGUAUUUCAAGCCUGCAUUUAUUUUCUUUUUACAGUGUACUUUGAGUGAAUGCUGAUAACUUUUUCACUGAUUUCUUCGUAUUUUUAUAUAUAUACUCUAAUAUGAAACCAAUCCAUCACUCAAGGAAACAUGAAUCAUACAUCCUCUAUGUAUUUUUUCAGCGAAGGAAUGUCAAAGUACUUGCAACUCAGGAAAUUAGAAACUCUCUUGAGAUAAAAAGAGGUUUAAAAUAUUUAAAGAAUUCUAAACAUUUAUGGAGUGUGCUAUUUUGAGCUUCAUUUGUUUGAGGAUUGCAGUAUUAGUUUUAAAUUUAAACUGGAGUGCAUUGUUUCAUUUUAUUUAGAAAGGUUAAAGUUGUCAGUUAAAAUUUAAAUAAAGAUACAUUGACACAAAAUAAUAAUUUUAAAAUGCCCUUCUAGGAAAAGCUUGAUGUGCCAAGUUUAAUAAAGCGAUUGCAUCCCUGGGUAGGAGGAGCCCUGAUGAAAUAAAUCAGAAGUGCUCCAAAUCUCACCUGAUGUCUUUACGCAAUUCUCACUCACUGCUGUUGGAUUUACACAACAGACGUUCGUCACAAAGUGUGUUGGGAUAUACUUGUGGCUAAUGGUUGCAUCCUUGGCUUUUGCAAUUAUUCACAGAAAUCCCUCCUCCCUAGCUUUCCUAUCAUGUAUAAAAACAGUGGAAUAGCCAAACUCUGAAAGAGGAUUAUGUGCAGUUGCAAAGUGAUGCAAAUUAUAAAUAAAAGCUUGAGAUCUUUUGUCCCUGAAAUUUUUCCCCAGAGGAUCUCUUGAUCUCUGUAGAGCACAUAGGAAGGUGAGAGGUGGCAGAAAGUCACCAUUGUUGCUUGAAUCAUAAAGAGAAUCCAGGCCCUUCCUCCUGUUGAAGGAAGACUGAUUAUAUUCAAUGGACUUAAGCUCUCUUCAGUAUUACAGUGACAGAAAGGUUGCUGUUAGGACUAACUGCUACAAAAGAGUAUUCAGAUUUGCUCAUAUUUCAUAUUAAUGGACCUGUUCAUUAAUAUGCUUGACUUUUCCUGGAAUUGGAAGCCAAACAGCUUAAAUUGAUCAACCAGUUAUACAAGUUAUAUACCAUCGGGCCUGCCCUGAAGAGACAGAGCCCUCCCUCCACGGCCAACUGUCAUCAUCCAGCCUGGAGGGAUUGAGGGGACUGGUAGGGGCUAAUUUUGUAUUGCAACUUUUACUGUACACCGCUAUGAUCAU